AUGGCUUCACUGCGCUUUGCCGAUGUUGCAGUCACUUUCACUGCCGAUCAAUUCCAAGGCGUCUAUCGAGGCAAGAAAUACCACGACGCAGACUUUGCCCAAGUGCUGCAGCGAGCACAGGAACAUGGAUGCGAAAAGGUGAUGCUGACAACGAUGACGCUGGCCGGGGCAGAGGCCAAUCUGCAGGUGGUGAGGGAGUUUCCCAGCAUGUGCCGUAUGACUCUCGGAGUGCAUCCCUACCAUGCCGCAGAGAUAUACGCAGACAAUGACGGGGCUUCAUACCUGGAGGCUAUCCAGAAAAUGGCAAAGGCACUGCUGGCCGAACAGCCAUCGCCGCUGGUGGCAUUUGGCGAGAUCGGGCUGGACUAUGAGUAUCUCGAUCGUGCAGACAAAGAGACGCAGCAACGGGCAUUCAAAGACCAACUGGACCUGGCUGUUGAACUGCAGCUGCCGUUGUUCCUGCACGUGCGCGAGUCCUGCGAGGAUUUCAUCGCCAUCGUCACGCCGUAUCUGUCCAAAUUGCCUCGAGGGCUGGUGCACUCAUUUGCCGGGUCGAAAGAGGAAAUGCAGCAGCUGGUCGAUCUGGGCUUCCACAUCAGCGUGAAUGGGGUCUCAUUUCGAACAGACGAACAGCUGGAUAUGGUCCGUCAUAUUCCGUUGAAUAAACUGCAGCUCGAAACGGAUGCGCCGUGGUGUGAGGUUCUGCACAACGAUCCCAAGAUUGCUCCAUAUCUGAGUACUGCACGCCCUCUGCCUCCGAGUCGCAAACACAACAAAUUUAUCGCCGGCCAGAUGGUGAAAACGCGGAACGAAAGCUGCUUGAUCGAACGAGUUGCGCUGGUGGUGGCAGGCUUGAAGGGGGUUACAGUGGAAGAAAUUGCGCAGGCAGCGUGGGAUAACAGCGUGCAGAUGUUUGGAUUGGAGUAG